AUGGCGUUACUCAGUAUCAGAGGCGACUGGUACUUAUUUUUGUGGAUUAUAUAUUGCAAAAUCUACUCGGCCAUUAUAAGGCUGGUUGGCAAUCACUGCCACGGCGGUGAUAAGGCUCGAUCCGUGAUAAGCGCCAGCGGCCAGUCGUCAGGAGGCCUCCACAGAGUGCGCACGCGUCGCAGGAAACAUCGUGUGAAGCACACAGUUGCACUAGUGAGGAGACCUUCCUUGAGAAAGAUAGUGAUGGCACCAGGAGCGAGUCCAGUUCAGGCAAUGAUGGAGGACAAGGAGAAAGCACUGCACUGUGCUCUUGCGAAUGUGUCACUCCGUACAAGGCGCGUCAGCCAGUUUGCCCCGUUAUUGAUCGCGCUGGUGGGGCUACCUGCGCGCGGUAAGAGUCAACUAGCCCAUCGCCUCUCCCGACAUCUUAACUGGAAUGGAGAAAGCACUAAAGUAUUCGACUGCAGUGAAUAUCGCCGACGUCACAUGGCCCUUUACGGAACUCACGACAUCUUCAGGGCGGAUAACCAGCAGGGUUCAGCUAUACGCCGCCAGAGUGCGCAAGAGGCGGUACAAGACGCAGUUCUGUGGUUGAAGGAGGGGAAUGGUGUUGCUAUAUUCGAUGGAACUAACAUAACUCGCGACCAACGCAGAGAAUUGAACGAAUACGUCUCCGAAAUGGGGUUCAGAAUUCUGUUCAUCGAAUGCGUUUGCGAAGACCAAAACCUUCUAGAGAGAAACAUCAUUGAAAUUCUACACUACUCAGCUGAUUAUAAGACAAUGAGCGAAGAGGAGGCUGUAGAUGACUUGAGGAAGAAAUUGGAACAUUACAUGAGACAGUACGAGCCAAUUGACGGCUCGGUGGAGAACAUAGGUUUUGUGAGGGUGGAGGAUAUGGGGGAGAUUGUCACUGCGCACAAGGUGGCCGGGCAAAAGGAGUCGGGGAUACUCGGAUACUUGUCUGGGAUGCGAGCUUUUCCACAGACCAUAUAUUUUACCCGGCACGGUGAGAGCGAAUACAACGUCCUGGGCCGCAUCGGUGGUGACGCGAACCUGUCCCCACGUGGUGAGCGAUACGCUCACGCAUUGGCCGAAUAUAUCAACAGGAUCGCAGGGCAUGAACCAAUGGCGGUAUGGACUUCGGAAAUGAGGCGCACAAAGCAGACGGCAGCUGAAAUUAUGGCCCCGAAGAGAGCUGUUAGGGCGUUGAAUGAGUUGGAUGCGGGCAUUUGUGAGGGUCUUACAUAUGAAGAGAUGCAAGAACGAUUUUCACAAGAGUUCGCCUGGCGUGAUCAGGACAAAUUGCGGUACAGAUAUCCGUGGGGGGAGUCCUAUAUUGACAUUAUGACACGACUGAGGCCAGUUCUCUCAGCUCUGGAGGAUGAAGAUCACGCGGUGGUGGUGGGGCAUCAGGCGGUGUUGCGAUGUAUGCUCGGAUACUUCCUGGAUGCUAAGCUUGAUGAGCUGCCGUAUAUGACUGUACCGCUACAUACAAUUAUUAAGCUGACAUCGUAUGGGUACAAAUACAAGGUGGAAAUGAUCAAGCUGCCAGUAGAGUGCGUGGAUACACACCGCCAACAACCCAAGAAUUGUUCGAUAAGCAGAACAACUGCGGAUGCCUUGUUGACGGUUCCAUCCCACUACGACACGCUACCAUCAAACCUCUGGCAGAAUCCGGCAGAAGCACAACUUUAG